CUCUCCACAACUUCGUCCUUGACACUUCUACCCGUCCGUCGUCUACCGCGCUUGUAUAUACGCGACUUGCCUACUCCUCAUCCCAUCUUUAUCACUUUGUUGCCGCAAACCCUCAAUCUAAUCCCAAGUUCUUACCUUAAACCAUCAAGAUGUCUCAGACCUUCACAAAGAGCCAGGUGGCCGAGCACAAGGACGAUAAGUCCAUGUAUAUCAUCAUUGACGACGGUGUUUAUGAUAUCACCAACUUCCUCGACGACCACCCCGGCGGCGCCAAGAUCCUCAAGCGCAUGGCCGGCAAGGACGCUACCAAGUCCUUCUGGAAGUACCACGGCAAGAGCGUGCUGGAAAAGUACGGCACCAAGCUCAAGGUCGGCACUCUUGCUGAGGCUGCCAAGUUAUAAGCAUGCCUUCUAGGUUUAUUUGUUGAGUGACAGUGGGUUGUCAAAUGGGAAAGGUGUGUCAAGUGGCGAUCCCGUGGUGGUAAACGGGGCAUGGCUCAGAUGGGGGCAGAGUGGAAGGGGACGGGGCCGAGGACGGAAUUCCAUGGACGAACCGAACCGACCAUGAUGGGGGACACAGGAAAGAACAAGAAUGUAGCGCGCGACGACACCUGGGAUCGACAGUACCGAUGAGGGAGGAGUGUGCGAACUACGGACAAUCGAAGAAACGACCAUCACUUACCCUCAACUCAAACCCGCAUCCCAACCUCGCCUUACCCCCGCUGAGUUGACUCGAUCAUUCUGCCCUGGUCGUGGGCUUGUGGCAUCUGGUCGGUCUAGGCGAAAAGGGUUGUGCUAAAGAUGAUAGAUGUUGCUUUGGGCGCGCGCAACUUGUUUUCUUCUUGAGCCGAAACAGGACAACUAUGUUGGAUACAAGGAAUGACGAGCGCGGUCUUGCCUUGCGGUGGUGUGAAGAACAUCAUCCAGAAAUCUGUUGACGAGUGGCUUGGGCGCUGCGCAAUCGCAUUUAUAUAUACCCUAGAUCUGUAUAGCGAAUGGUGAUUUUUUUCAUUUAAACACACCUGAUUAUGAAUCUGAAAAGGAUGGGAUGUUGUCUGACGUUGGUUGUUGGAUGUGUGGUGAUGAUGAUGAUGAGGGGGGGGGACCGAGCAUAUAUGUGGUAUUCGCAUGUGAUUAUGCUUUUCGGUAUUUGGGUGCAUGAGGCUGGCGUUGGCAUUGCCGUUUCUGUUGCAUAUGCUGCAAUUGCUCUAUCUGCACCCAUUGCAUAUGCGAACAUCCACAUCUACAUCUACAUCUUUGUUUCUCUAGAUCUACAUCACAUUCGCAUACAGUCUGUCUGUCAAUCGUGCGUACAAGCGCACAGGCAUACCGGUUUUAAGCAAUUUCGAAUGGCCUUCGUACACAACUG